CUGCCCGCCCCCUCCCCCGGCGGCCAUCACAGGAGACCAACACCAGCUUCCCUGCCCUGGAGAAGCCCUAGAUGAGGAAACUGAGACCCCAAAAGAGACAGUAACUUACCCAAGGUCACAUCCAACAUGCAGACUCCUGCUACGAUGUCUCUGCUGCUUGUGUCCAUAGUCCUCACGGAAGCACUUCAGAGCCACCCCAUCACACGACGAGGACUCUUCUCUCAAGAAAGGCCCCUGGACAUGGCCCCAACCUCCUUCGAUGACCAGUAUGCUGGCUGUGCAGCAGCCAUGACAGCUGCUCUCCCAGAUCUCAACCGCACGGAGUUCCAGGCCAACAAAGUGUACGCUGACAGCUGGGUGCUGGCCAGCAGUCAAUGGCAGGAGCGCAAAGCCUGGGGGCCAGAGUGGGGCCUCAGCCACACCCCGAUGUCCCCACCACCCCCCGGCUUCCGUGAUGAGCACGGGGUGGCCCUCCUGGCCUACACGGCCAACACCCCCCUGCACAAGGAGUUCAAUGCGGCCCUGCGCGAGGCGGGCCGCACCCGCGUCCACUACCUCCAGCACUUCCGCCAGGUGUUCCGAGGGGUGCAAGGCCUGCGCUUCCAGCCAGCAGGGCCUGGGGUCACCAUCCGGCUGGGGGGCUUCGCCUCGGCGUCCCUGAAGAACGCCACAGCCCAGCAUUUCGGCGAGGAAACCUUCUUUGGCAUCUGGACCUGCCUUGGUGUCCCUAUCAGGGGCUACUCCUUCUUCCCUGAGGAGGAGGAGGUGCUGAUCCCCCCCUUUGAGACCUUCCAGGUGAUCAACAGCAGCAGACCUGCCCAGGGCCCCACCCGCAUCUACCUCCGGGCCCUGGGCAAGCACAGCGUGUACAACUGCGAGUACAUCAAAGACAAGCAGUGCAAGUCUAGGUCCUGCCGACUAGGAAACUCAGCCAUGGGUCAGGGCCCUCUGUCUACAGUCUGGUCCUUUCCCCUGCUCCUCUGGUUCCUGGUCGGGGGAGUCUUCCCAGGGAGUCUGGGCCUCCUCUGACCCAUCAGACUCUGAACAGCCCUGCCUGCCACCUCUGCCCAACAUGAGGACGUCGGCCACAUGUGUGCUUUACUCUAAGUGUAGCCAAGAUCCGUAGAAAUGCCUCCUGCAGGGAACUCUGGGGCCUUCUCUGGCAGCUGCCAGGCCUGAUGGUGGAGAGACAGAAUUUUGGGCCUGAACUUUACCCAGUGCCCUAGGAGUGAGACAUUGAAGAGAGGUAGGGGGACUCCAGGACAGGCAACAACUCACUUGGAGGUAGAAGAUUAAACUCGUUUGUGCGUGGAGGUGCUGGGAGGAAAGCACGUGCCAUGGUA